CCUUCUCAGCUCAGCCCUCAUCAUUGCUCUGCAACUCAGAACAGCCACUGCUGAGCCCACCUUGAGAAGAGGAUGGUCCUGAACAGAGCUCUGAUUCUGGGGGCCCUCGCCCUGACCACCAUGAUGAGCCCCAGUGGAGGUGAAGACAUCGUAGCUGACCACGUUGGCAUCUAUGGCGCAGACCUCUACCAAUCUCAUGGUCCCUCUGGCCAGUACACCCACGAAUUUGAUGGGGACGAGCUGUUUUAUGUGGACCUGGGGAAGAAGGAGACUGUCUGGCGGCUGCCUAUGUUUGGUGAAUUAACAAGUUUUGACCCGCAAGGUGCACUGAGUGAAAUAGCUAAAGCAAAACACAACUUGGAUAUCAUGAUUAAACGUUCCAACUUUACCCCUGUUAUCAAUGAGGUUCCUGAGGUGACUGUGUUUUCCAAGUCUCCCGUGAUGCUGGGUCAGCCCAACACCCUCAUCUGUCACGUGGACAACAUCUUCCCCCCUGUGAUCAACAUUACAUGGCUGAAGAACGGGCAUGUAGUCACGGAGGGUGUUUCUGAGACCAGCUUCCUCCCUAAGGAUGAUCAUUCCUUCCUCAAGAUUGGUUAUCUCACCUUCCUCCCUUCUGAUGAUGACGUUUAUGACUGCAAAGUGGAGCACUGGGGCCUGGAGGAGCCGCUGCUCAAACACUGGGAGCCUGAGAUUCCAGCCCCUAUGUCAGAGCUGACGGAGACUGUGGUCUGUGCCCUGGGGUUGACCAUGGGCCUCGUGGGCAUCGUGGUGGGCACCAUCUUCAUCAUCCAAGGCCUGCGCUCAGGUGGGGCCCCCAGACACCAGGGUCCCUUGUGAGUCGCACCCUAAAAAGGAAGGUGCUCUGCCCAUCUAUGAGAGCAGAAGAGUGGACGCGCUAGAUGACCUAGAACCAGUUUCUGGCCAAGUUCAUCAUAUACUCUCUCUCCCCCUACACUCUGCCCCUCCUCUCCUCCCUGGGACUUAAGAUGCUGUAUCAUCUCAGAGCUCACAUAUACCCCAGAGUUCUCCCCUGACUUUCUGAUAUAUUUUUUCUGUUCUCAGUAGUUGCCUACCAUGAUAUCACUGGGAUAUUCCACUCAGUUACCUACUCCCUAGUGACCUCGACCCCAUAACAACAUGGAAGCAAUAAACUCCCCUUUAAUAGAAA